CUUUUGAUUUGAAGUUAGUGAGACGUUUGCAAGUCCAUGAAGGAGAUGAGGUCGGUGAAGAUGUUUCAACGACUCCGAAGAAAAUUUUUCAGAUAUUGAAUCAGAUUAUUGAGGCAUUGUCAACUGUUCCUUCAUCAGAGCUUUCCCUGAGGCUGUACUUACAAUGUGCAGAGGCUGCCAAUGAUUGUGAGCUUGAACCUGUUGCGUAUGAGUUUUUUACUCAAGCUUUUAUAUUAUAUGAAGAAGAAGUUGCAGAUUCAAAAGCCCAAGUGACUGCAAUACACCUAAUCAUCGGAACUCUUCAGAGGAUGACUGUUUUUGGAGUUGAGAAUAGAGAUACACUAACUCAUAAAGCCACGGGGUAUUCUGCAAAACUUUUAAAAAAGCCUGAUCAGUGUAGAGCAAUUUAUGCAUGCUCGCACCUUUUCUGGGUUGAAAAUCAAGAUGGAAUCAAGGAUGGUGAAAGGUAUAAUUUAGCAAACACUUUUGUUGCAUUAAAUGCUUUGAUUGAUGCAUCUAAAGACUGUUUACUUAGCAGCUGGUUAGAGAACCCUUCCAUCGAACAGGCAAAUUGAUCUAUGAUUCCUGAGUAUUUAUUCCUUUUAUUAACUGUAUUUUCCCUGUCUUAUUUCAUUUGACCCUAGUAUGCAAUUUUUGAGUCUGCAGCGUGAAGUUACUCAGGAAUUUACACCUAUGUAAUAAAAAACAGAUUUACUUUUUUCCUUUUAACUAUGGCUUCUCUUGGGACGGCUUUCUUACUACUUCGUAAAAUGGCUUUCUAGUACAAAAAAUUUAAUAUUUGUACUAGAAAGUCGCUUUAAAGAGUCGGAAGAAAGCCAUCCAACGAAUCCUAUAUGAUGCCAAAUGUUUGUCAAUAUACAAUAACCAAUUACUGUUUUGUAAAAUCUAUUGAGCAGUCAGGCCAAAGUUUGCUUAUAUCAUUUAUCAAAUAUUUAAUUCCCAACUGGAUAAAUUUUUCAUGAAUCUUUUUGUGACCACUUCAAUCAAGUUCAGGGGCGGAACUG